GCCGAUUCUAGUUCUUGGCAAUUUUUCGGUUGAAGGAAAAGUGACAGGUUUCGUGGUUGGUACUCUGGUGAAAUCUUACAUUGUUUAUCCUUGUAACAGAAUUACCCAAAAAGGAAAAGAAAUAUCCAUAUUUGGAAGUAUAAGCGAAAAAUUGGAACACUCACCAUCUGUCCAAUAUAUUGCGAAAGGAAGCGCAUUCUUGAAUAUACAACAUGUCUGCAAGAAAAUCAGUGAGCCGUCGUGGCACAACUAAAAAGAGGGCACAGAGAGCAACUUCAAAUGUUUUCGCUAUGUUUGAUCAAGCUCAAAUCGCCGAAUUCAAAGAAGCCUUCAACAUGAUUGAUCAAAACCAUGACGGUUUCAUCGACAAGGAGGACCUCCAUGAUAUGCUUGCUUCGCUGGGCAAAAAUCCAACCGAUGAUUAUUUAGAUGGUAUGAUGAACGAAGCUCCAGGUCCAAUUAAUUUCACUAUGUUCCUAACACUAUUCGGAGAACGCCUUCAAGGCACUGAUCCAGAAGAUGUAAUUAAAAAUGCAUUUGGUUGCUUCGAUGAAGAUAACACUGGUGUUGUCAAUGAAGAAAGGCUGAGGGAACUACUCACUACAAUGGGUGACCGUUUUACCGACGAUGAGGUCGACGAAAUGUAUAGGGAGGCACCGAUUAAAGGCAGUUUGUUCGAUUAUGUUGAAUUUACUCGUAUUCUGAAGCACGGAGCCAAGGAGAAGGAUGAACAGUAAAGUAUUACUUGAGAAAUGCAUUUAUGCUAAGAGCAAUCAUUAUUUUCAGAAAUUUCUUAGAAAUGUAUAUAGGGAUAAUAUUACAUAAAUUAUUAUUGGAUUUUAUAUCACGAACUGUCUCUUCAUUUUUGUCUGCAACUUGAAAUAUAUGCUUUUUAUUAGA